GGCAAACCCAAUUGGCGCAAUUCCCACAUCUGAUAUUCCACAUUACUGAAGACUGAAAUUUAAUUCCCAAAUCAAAAAAAUUAAAAUCCCUAGUCUGAACUCUGAUAUCUCAACUCUUAUCUCGCGAGUCGGCAGUCGUGACUCUCGCCUCCGGCCUCUCGUCGAGACGUCGUCAAUCCGGGCGCCGUUGUUAGUUGCGCACAAACGCAUAAUUCAGCAUCUCGUCGCUGUUCAUCGACAGUGACAGUGAGCAGUGCCAAAGACUGAACCCAUUCUAAGACCAACUCGCAACAGUGAACACUAAACAUUGAACAAUCCAAGUAACUGAUUGGAACUACACGAACAGUUGGCUGUUAGCUAUGACCAAUGCAUGCAUUUCUAGAUUCAGCAGCAUUCAGAAAGCAGCUGUCCCAUUUCCUGGCAGAUGCUAUCAUGGCAUUGUUUUCUUGAGGAACUUCUCAGCUUUGACAGCUCCAUGUGUCUAUCCAAGCAUUCCUCUCAGUUAUCCUCCACCAUCGCUAGUUUCAGUGGCCUGCCUAACCCAAUCAGAUGCUCCACAACGUUCUGAUGAGUGGUUUGCCCUUCGCAAGGACAAAUUGACUACAAGCACCUUCAGCACUGCUUUGGGAUUCUGGAAAGGGAAUCGACGAUAUGAGCUCUGGCAUGAGAAGGUAUUUGCUCCAGAUGUCCAAUUACUACCAUCUCCAAGCAGGAGUGCCAUGGAUUGGGGUGUUCUCAUGGAAGCAGUAGCCAUAGAACGCUAUAAAAGCAUCACUGGUCGCGAUGUGAGCACACUUGGGUUCGCAGUCCAUUCGGAUGAGCGAUUGGAUUGGGUUGGUGCCUCCCCAGAUGGUCUUCUUGGAAGCUUGCCUGGAGAUGGGAUCCUGGAAGUGAAAUGCCCAUACAACAAAGGAAAACCAGAAAAGGGUCUCCCGUGGUCAACUAUGCCAUUCUACUACAUGCCUCAGGUGCAAGGGCAAAUGGAAAUCAUGGACAGAGCUUGGGUUGAUGUGUAUUGUUGGACACCAAAUGGGAGUGCAAUAUUCCGUGUCUACCGAGAGCGGAGUUACUGGGAGUUGAUGCAUGGAAUUUUGUGGGAAUUUUGGUGGGAAAAUGUGGUUCCUGCUAGAGAAGCUCUUUUAAUGGGAAAUGAAGAGGGUGCCACAGCCUAUAAACCAACAUCAACACACAAAAAAACAGGACUAGUCAUUUCAAGAAGCUUGAAGUUGGCUGGUGAGGCAAAGAUGUUGUGCAGGGAUAUUGCUGGUCAUGUUGAAUUUUUUCGCUAGUGUGACCAACACUGCUUUCAACACGCAAGUCAGUUUUUUUGUGAAGGAGCGCUUUAUCCCCCAGUGUGGGAUUUUUUGAGGCGAAUCCUGAUUGAGUUGAGCUCCAAUGCAGGUACUGUACACCAGGUGGGAAACCAAGAAAAAACACGAGUAGCCCAAUGUUAGUUUUCUAGAGCUUGUCGUCUUGAUAGCUAGUCUAUAUGGUCGAAGUUGGGACAAUUACAACGACAUAUGCCGCAUUGUGCUGGAGUUCCACUUGUUAAAAUUUUGAAGUCCAGCACUGUAGAUGUUGGGAGUUGUUCUGUGUUUUAAGUAGGGGUAUUUUUGUCCGGAUGUUACUUUACUAAGAUGCCUCGAGAAACCAUGUAACAUUAUUCGAGUAUAUUUGAAACGAUAGCUAAACUUUGAUUGUCUGCUCAAAAACUGGGCUUCCGCCACAGAUUUUCUGGUUGAUAUCGAAUUGACAUUACUGUUGGUUGGUGCAA